AGGGCCGAGCGAGGAGGAGGCCGGCGCUGAGCACCAGCGGCGCCCCUGACAGAAGAGGGGGAAGCCUGGGGGAGCGGGCCUCGGAGCGGAGGGGCCGGCGCGGGGAGGCGGGCGCCAGGCGGGGGUUUGCCGGGCCGCCGCGCGUGACGUAGCGCCGGGCAGGGCGUUAUCAGCUGCGGGGCCGCGGCGAGGGACGCGCGGCGACAGCAGACGGCGCCGCCCGGGCCAGGACGGCUGCAGCCCGUGGCCGCGAGCGGGUCCUGAGCGCUUCUGGCUGUCGCCCCGUCGCCGUGCCCCGUCUCAGGGCGGCAUGAGCCGUCGGCCGCAGCCCUAGCGCCGGCUCCUCCGCGCGGGCGGCCCCGCUGCGGUGACGGGUGCUCGCUGCGAGGGUGGGGGCCAUGAAGCCGAGUGCGGCCGGGACGGCGAGGGAGCUGGAGCCGCAGGCGCCCGCCCGGGGCGAGCAGCGUGCGGUGGAGCCCGAGGGGCGCUGGCGGGAGAAGGGCGAGGCGGACACGGAGCGGCAGCGCACCAGGGAGCGGCAGGAGGCCACGCUGGCCGGGCUGGCGGAGCUGGAGUACCUGCGCCAGCGCCAAGAGCUGCUGGUUCGGGGCGCCCUGCGUGGCGCCGGGGGCUCGGGAGUCGCUGCGCCCCGCGCUGGGGAGCUGCCGGCGGAGGCGGCGCAACGCAGCCGCCUGGAGGAGAAGUUCUUGGAGGAGAAUAUCUUGCUGCUGCGGAAGCAAUUGAAUUGUUUGAGGAGAAGAGAUGCUGGUUUGUUGAAUCAGUUGCAAGAACUUGACAAGCAGAUAAGCGACCUGAGACUAGAUGUAGAAAGGACAUCUGAAGAGCACCUGGAGACAGACAGUCGGCCCAGCUCAGGGUUUUAUGAGCUGAGUGAUGGGGCUUCAGGAUCCCUUUCCAAUUCCUCUAACUCGGUCUUCAGUGAGUGUUUAUCCAGUUGUCAUUCCAGCACCUGCUUUUGCAGCCCCUUGGAGGCAACCUUGACUAUCUCAGAUGGUUGCCCCAAAUCUGCAGAUCUCGUGGGAUGGUUGGAAUAUAAAGAAGGCCACUGUGAAGAUAAGGCCUCAGGGGCAGUUUGCCAUUCCCUCUCCACAUCACAAUUUAAUUCCCUUGGUAUCAUUGCAGAUGUGAAUCCCAAGUACCAGUGUGAUCUGGUGUCUAAAAACGGAAAUGAUGUGUAUCGCUAUCCCAGUCCACUUCAUGCCGUGGCGGUGCAGAGCCCAAUGUUUCUCCUUUGCCUGACGGGCAACCCUCUGAGGGAAGAGGAGAGGCUUGGUAACCACGCCAGUGACAUUUGUGUGGGAUCUGAGCUGGACGUCAUCAAGACAGACACUUCCUUACCCUCUCCAAGCAGUUUGUGGUCUGCCCCCCAUCCUUCAUCCAGUAAGAAAAUGGAUGGCUACAUUCUGAGCCUGGUCCAGAAAAAAACACACCCCGUAAGGACCAACAAGCCAAGAACCAGUGUGAAUGCAGACCCCACGAAGGGGCUUCUGAGGAAUGGGAGCGUUUGUGUCAGAGUGACUGGGGGUGUCUCACAGGGCAACAGCGGGAACCUUAAGAGUUCUAAACAGGUGCUUUUGCCCUCUGGCGGAAUCUCCUCUUUGGACAACGGGACCUUCUCCCCACUGAAGCAGUGGUCAAAAGAAUCAAAGGCAGAACAAGUGGAGAGCAAGAGGUUGUCUCCCCCGGAGGGCUGCUCGCCAGGCGCUGCCACUGAACUUCCAAGUAGGCAUCUGCCCAAAAAUGCCAAGCCAGCUUCCCAGGAGCACGCUCGGUGUCCCACCGCUGUGACAGGGGAGUCCCCCAAAGACAGCAUUCAGGUCCUAGCCGCCUCUCCGAAGGAGAGCCCUGGGAGGGGCCCCGCGCCGCCGCAGGAGAACAAAGUCGUGCAGCCAUUGAAAAAGCUGUCACAGAAAAGCGGCCAGCCGCCUGCCCCUCCGGCAGCGCCCCCUCCUGCCCCUGCUGCGCUGCCGUCUUCAGCUUUCGCGGUGGAAGAGCGGCCUGCGCUGGAUUUCAAGAGCGAGGGCUCCUCUUCUCAGAGCCUGGAGGAAGGGCCCCCGGCGAAGGCGCCGUCCGUCCUGGGCCCGCAGGCCGCGGGCGGCCGGCCCCACCGCGGCUCCCGGACCGCGGCCGUCCCGCGGGCCAGCCGGCCGCUGGGUGCCGGCCACAGGGCCGGGGGCAGGGCGCACGGGCACGGCCGGGAGGCGCUGGUGGCCAAGCCCAAGCACAAGCGAACCGACUCGCGGCGCUGGCGCUCGGCCGCCGAGGUCUCCCUGGAAGAGGCCCUGCGCAGAUCGCGGCGCGGCCGGCGCGAGCACGUGGGGCUGUACCCCGCCGGCGUGCCGCUGCCAUACGCCAGCCCGUACGCCUACGUGGCCAGCGACUCGGAGUACUCGGCCGAGUGCGAGUCGCUCUUCCACUCCACCGUGCUGGACACCAGCGAGGACGAGCGCAGCAACUACACCACCAACUGCUUCGGGGACAGCGAGUCCAGCGUGAGCGAGGGUGAGUUUGCGGGCGACAGCACGAGCUCCAGUGACUCCGAAGAAAGCGGGGGCUUGAUCUGGUCCCAGUUUGUCCAGACUCUCCCCAUUCAGGCGGUCACAGCCCCAGACCUCCACAGCAACCCCACGAAAACCUUUGUCAAAAUUAAGGCUUCGCAUAACCUCAAGAAGAAAAUCCUCCGCUUUCGGUCCGGUUCUCUGAAACUCAUGACGACCGUCUGAGGAACACCACGGGUGGGGAGAAGGGGGUGUUUUCUAGUUUUCUAGAGGAAAAAGGUGGCGUCCUAUUUUUUGUGUGACAGUUUCGCGGAAUGCUUUCCUUUUGUUGAGGUAAACCUGAGGUAAAUUGUCUUGUCUUCAUCCUGUAGGGACGCUAGUGCCUUUAAUGGAAGGUAAAGAAUGUUUUGCUGGCUGGGAGUAAAUACUGGGUUUUUAAUGGUGGUGAUAGUGAAUGAAUUUUGUGGUAUCAGGUGAUUUUUACUGGAAAUUCUCCGAGCAUCUGUCAAGGCACAGGUUUUGAAGUUAAAGGCUUACGGGCAUGGAACCUUUUGAUCUGAAGGCCAGGUGGAUGGAAUUUAGAACAUAAUUGGCUUCUUGGUUCUCUCGGGCAGUGUCUCCGCCAGGGUUUUCCUGUUGAGAGGCACCACAGACAAUUGCGUGAAGUAGGUACGAUGGACAGUCAUUGUUUUCUGUAAUUUUUUAUAUAGUCUCCCUUUCUUAGAUGUAUCCCCAUUCUGUUUUCUUCUCAGAACUGUUUGGUUUACUGGACUCAGAACUUGAAGACCAGACCCUAAAUCCAGAGCUGGUGACCUGGAUAGGGAGGCUGGUAAUAACCUUAAAAGGAUUCACUAAAACUUUCGCCACCCUUGGUGCCUAGGCCCUGGUUACUGUAACCCUUUUAGGGCCCAUUAGCCAACAUUUUGAUGCCUUUCUCCUCCUCCCUGAUUGCAGCAGACCCAGCCAUUUCUUCCUGGAAGAACUUGCCUUUGGGAUAAAAUUUUAGUCCUUGGGCACUGAGAAAUUCACUCCUAAUGAAAUAACCCUUGGGUGUGACUCCAAACCCAGAAUUGCUCACUGAGCACUGUGCCACAUAAGCGUUGGCCUGAACAUUUUAGUGCAAUCCAGUCCAGAUUGGACCACUGACCCUGUCUGGAAGGGCUUUUUAAAAAAUAUUUUUUUGUUUUGGUAAACAGUAUUGUGUAAAAUUGUUUUUUAUACCAGUAUAUGCAUGUUUUGUGUAUGAGUAGUGUUUGUUUUGAUAUUUCUAUGGAUGUUAAAUUACUGUAUGAUAUAAACAGUUUGUGUUUUUAUAUAUCAUUGUGUAAAUUUAAUAUAACGCAUUUUAUGCUGUAAUAAACAAUUUGUUUUA